CGGCAGAGCCUGCGCCCGGAGGUCGAGUGGGAACCCGCCCCACCAUCAUGUGGAAGCCGUUCGGGCGCUUCCACGUUGGCUACUGCGAAGCAGAAUGGAGCUGCGAGGAGGGCCAGCCGGUGGCAGGCCGCCUCUAUUACCCAGCAGAGAGGCCCAGCGGCGGCGCCGCCAGCUGGCUGCCGUGGCGGUGGCGGGGCGUGCCGUGGCUGUGGCAUCGCAACUACGCUCGGGGCCUGGGCAAGUUCCUGUUCUUCAGGCUCAACGGCUGGAUGUACGAUGUGCUGGAGCAGGCAGGCGGCAGCUCCCGGGGGGGGCAGGCCAGGGGCCUCAUCGCCUUUGCGUGGGCGGCGGGCAAGAGCCAGCGGCUGGACCUGAGCCCCGGCGCCCCGCUGGCUCCAGACGCACCCAGCCAGCUGCCGCUCAUCAUCUUCUCGCACGGCCUGGGCGGCAACCGCUUCCUCUACACGAUCAUCUGCUCCGAGCUGGCCUCCCAGGGCUAUGUGGUGCUGGCCGUGGAGCACGCCGACGGCACCGCCUGCGUCGCGCGGCUGCCGGGCGGCGCCUGGAAGUUUUAUGCCGGGCUGGGGGAUGAGGCUGCGCAGGUGGCCAAGACGCGGGUGAGGGUGGCGGAGAUGAGGGGCGCGCUGCAGAUGAUGAGGGCGCUGCACAGAGGCGACCGGCUGGCGGGGCUGGAGCUGGCGUACGGGCUGGAUGCUUCGGCCUUCCUGCGGGGCCGCCUGGACAUGCGCUGCGUGGCGGCGGCAGGCCACAGCUACGGCGGCGCCACUAUCACCGCGCUGGUUGCCGAGGACCCUCUGUACCAGUGUGGGGUGGCUCUGGACCCCUGGUGGUAUGCCGUGUUCCCAGAGUCAAAGGCGCUCACCCGCUUUGCCACCCGCACCCCGCUGCUCGUCAUGGGCUCACAUGACUGGAAUGUGCCCAACGCCUUUGGCCAGGGCCCUCCGCCCGCGGCGGCGCCCGUGCCACCUCAGCAGCCGCCACCUCAGCACGUGCCCAACGGUGACGCCCACGGCGGGGACGGCGGGGAAGAGCCGGAUGAUGUGGUGACGGGCGCCGAGGCGGCGGAGGCGGCGCUGCCGUCGGGCGCGCCGGCCAGCGGCGCACGCCCGCACGCGCCGGGCGCGGCGGCAGCCGCGCCGCCGCUGACGGGCGCCACGCAGCCCUCGGCGGGGCUGGCGCGCCCGCUGACGGCGGCGCGGCGCGCAGCGCUGCGCGCGGGCGUCAACCAGCGGUACUCCCCUGCGGUGGAGGUGUGCGAGGUGGAGGAGGUGCAUGCGCUGCUGGGCAGCGAGCACAUCUUCAUCGCCAAGACCUGGUGA